AUGAACCAUCAAGUACACACAUUUUCUUUAGGAAAUGUAAUUUUCCAUGUAUUAUUAUUUUCUCUUAGAUUUGGCACAGUGGGGGUAUUUGUUAAACUGAUAUUCAAGGUCAAAACACCAGUCCCCACUGAGGAUGAUGUCCUUGGUGCCGUCGAGAAGCAAUUGUCUCCUCAAUUCACGACCACUCAAACCACCUUCCAGAAUGCAACUUAUAUCAAACUUUCAGAUACUUCAUUUGCCAUCAACCUUGGUUUCAAAAUAACCAAUGUAACCCAGGAGUCUCUAAGUAAUAGACUCACAUUCACCAAUGAGACCUACGUCCAGAUACAGGAUUCAAUUAACACACUACUUCGUCAACUUCUCAGUGAACCAGACGGCAACCAGUUUCAAUUUCCCAUUGCCGACUUCAUUGCUUAUGGCACUGAAAUCAGAGCAAACGUGACGUAUGUAUACAAAGAGGACGAUGUCAACCACCCUAGUAGUUUUCUACAGGAAGUCUUAAAAGUCUCAGGUCUCCUGACCACCACUGUUGCCCCAACAACAACUACCAGCACCACACCACUUCCUACCCUUUUGACUUCAGUGACAUCAACAACUAGAUUUGGCACAGCCGUGGUUUAUGUUAAACUGAUAUUCAACCUCAAAACACCAGUCCCCACUGAGGAUGAUGUCCUUGGUGCCGUCAAGAAGCAACUCUCCUACGACAACCGCAAGAACAGAACCUACUACAACACCUGCAGUUCCUACAACUGUAGCUCCCACGACCAAUACACAUGUUGUGCUUACUACAGCAAUCCCAACUACAGCUCCUGCUGCAACAACUGUAGCUUCUAUACAACCACUGCAGCUCUAACUACAACACCUGCUUCUCCAAUAACCACUACAACUCCAGAACCUAUUACGACAACCACUGCAGCUCCUGCUACAACAACUGCUAUUCUUACAACCACUGAGACUGCAGCACCUUCGACAACAACUACAACUUCAGCUCCUACGACAACCACAACAGCAACACCUUCAACAACUGUAGCUUCCACGACAACUGCAGCUCCUACAACAACUUUAGAAUCUAUUUCAACCACAGCAGCUGCCCCUACGACAACCACUGCAUCCCUAACUACAACAACUGCUGCUCCUUCGACCACUACAACUCCAGAACCUACUACGACAACCACUGCAGCUCCUACUACAACAACUUCUGUUCUUACAACAACAAUGGCUGCAGCACCUUCUACAACAACUACAACUUCAGCUCCUACGACAACCACAACAGCAACACCUACAACAACUACUGAAGCACCUUCGACAACAACUACAACUUCAGCUCCUACGACAACCACAACAGCAACACCUUCAACAACUGUAGCUUCCACGACAACUGCAGCUCCUACAAAAACUUUAGAAUCUAUUUCAACCACAGCAGCUGCCCCUACGACAACCACUGCAGCCCUAACUACAACAACUGCUGCUCCUUCGACCACUACAACUCCAGAACCUACUACGACAACCAGUGCCAAUCCCAACUACAGCUCCUGCUGCAACAACUGUAGCUUCUAUACAACUACAACUUCAGCCCCUACGACAACCACAACAGCAACACCUACAACAACUGUAGCUUCCACGACAACUGCAGCUCCUACAACAACUUUAGCAUCUACUUCAACCACAGCAGCUGCCCCUACAACAACCACUGCAGCCCUAACUGCAACAACUGCUGCUCCUUCGACCACUACAACUCCAGAACCUACUACGACAACCAAUGCAGCUCCUACUACAACAACUGCUGUUCUUACGACCACAAUGGCUGCAGCACCUUCUACAACAGCUUCAACUUCAGCUCCUACGACAACCGCAACAACAGCACCUACUACAACACCUGCAGUUCCUACAACUGUAGCUCCCACGACCACUACACCUGUUGUGCUUACUACAGCAAUCAUAACUACAGCUCCUGCUGCAACAACUGUAGCUUCUACGUCAACCACAGCAGCUGCCUCUACGACAACUACUGCAGCUCUAACUACAACAACUGCUGCUCCAACGACCACUACAACUCCAGAACCUAUUACGACAACCAGUGCAGCUCCUACUACAACAACUGUAGCUUCCACGACAACUGCAGCUCCUACAACAACUUUAGAAUCUACUUCAACCACAGCAGCUGCCCCUACGGCAACCACUGCAGCCCUAACUGCAACAAAUGCUGCUCCUACGACCACUACAACUCCAGAACCUACUACGACAACCAGUGCAGCUCCUACUACAACAACUGCUGUUUUUACGACCACAACGACUGCAGCACCUUCUACAACAACUACAACUUCAGCUCCUACGACAACCACAACAGCAACACCUACAACAACUGUAGCUCCCACGACAACUGCAGCACCUUCUACAACAACUACAACUUCAGCUCCUACGACAACCGCAACAACAGCACCUACUAUAACACCUGUAGUUCCUACAACUCUAGCAGCCACGACCACUACACCAGCUGUACUUACUACAACAAUCGCAACUGAUUCUCCUGCUACAACAACUGUAGCUUCUAUAUUCGGCACAGUGGGGGUUUUUGUUAAACUGAUAUUCAAGGUCAAAACACCAGUCCCCACUGAGGAUGAUGUCCUUGGUGCCGUCAAGAAGCAACUGUCUCCUCAAUUCACGACCACUCAAACCACCUUCCAGAAUGCAACUUAUAUCAAACUUACAGAUACUUCAUUUGCCAUCGACCUUGGUUUCAAAAUAACCAAUGUAACCCAGGAGUCUCUAAGUAAUAGACUCACACUCACCAAUGAGACCGAAAGCCAGAUACAGGAUUCAAUUAACAGACUACUCCAUAAGGUUCUCAGUGAACCAGACGGCAAACAGUUUCAAUUUCCCAUCGCCAAAUUCAUUGAUGAUGGCACUGAAAUCACGGCAAACGUGACGUAUGUAUACAAAGAGGAAGAUGUCAACCACCCUAGUAGUUUUCUACAGGAAGUCUUAAAAGUCUCAGGUCUCCUGACCACCACUGUUGCCCCAACAACAACUACCAGCACCACACCACUUCCUACCCUUUUGACUUCAGUGACAUCAACAACUAGAUUCGGCACAGUGGGGGUUUUUGUUAAACUGAUAUUCAAGGUCAAAACACCAGUCCCCACUGAGGAUGAUGUCCUUGGUGCCGUCAAGAAGCAACUGUCUCCUCAAUUCACGACCACUCAAACCACCUUCCAGAAUGCAACUUAUAUCAAACUUACAGAUACUUCAUUUGCCAUCGACCUUGGUUUCAAAAUAACCAAUGUAACCCAGGAGUCUCUAAGUAAUAGACUCACACUCACCAAUGAGACCGAGAUCCAGGAUUCAAUUAACAGACUACUCCAUAAGGUUCUCAGUGAACCAGACGGCAAACAGUUUCAAUUUCCCAUCGCCAAAUUCAUUGAUGAUGGCACUGAAAUCACGGCAAACGUGACGUAUGUAUACAAAGAGGAAGAUGUCAACCACCCUAGUAGUUUUCUACAGGAAGUCUUAAAAGUCUCAGGUCUCCUGACCACCACUGUUGCCCCAACAACAACUACCAGCACCACACCACUUCCUACCCUUUUGACUUCAGUGACAUCAACAACUAGAUUCGGCACAGUGGGGGUUUUUGUUAAACUGAUAUUCAAGGUCAAAACACCAGUCCCCACUGAGGAUGAUGUCCUUGGUGCCGUCAAGAAGCAACUGUCUCCUCAAUUCACGACCACUCAAACCACCUUCCAGAAUGCAACUUAUAUCAAACUUACAGAUACUUCAUUUGCCAUCGACCUUGGUUUCAAAAUAACCAAUGUAACCCAGGAGUCUCUAAGUAAUAGACUCACACUCACCAAUGAGACCGAGAUCCAGAUACAGGAUUCAAUUAACAGACUACUCCAUAAGGUUCUCAGUGAACCAGACGGCAAACAGUUUCAAUUUCCCAUCGCCAAAUUCAUUGAUGAUGGCACUGAAAUCACGGCAAACGUGACGUAUGUAUACAAAGAGGAAGAUGUCAACCACCCUAGUAGUUUUCUACAGGAAGUCUUAAAAGUCUCAGGUCUCCUGACCACCACUGUUGCCCCAACAACAACUACCAGCACCACACCACUUCCUACCCAUUUGACUUCAGUGACAUCAACAACUAGAUUCGGCACAGUGGGGGUUUUUGUUAAACUGAUAUUCAAGGUCAAAACACCAGUCCCCACUGAGGAUGAUGUCCUUGGUGCCGUCAAGAAGCAACUGUCUCCUCAAUUCACGACCACUCAAACCACCUUCCAGAAUGCAACUUAUAUCAAACUUACAGAUACUUCAUUUGCCAUCGACCUUGGUUUCAAAAUAACCAAUGUAACCCAGGAGUCUCUAAGUAAUAGACUCACACUCACCAAUGAGACCGAGAUCCAGAUACAGGAUUCAAUUAACAAACUACUCCAUAAGGUUCUCAGUGAACCAGACGGCAAACAGUUUCAAUUUCCCAUCGCCAAAUUCAUUGAUGAUGGCACUGAAAUCACGGCAAACGUGACGUAUGUAUACAAAGAGGAAGAUGUCAACCAACCUAGUAGUUUUCUACAGGAAGUCUUAAAAGUCUCAGGUCUCCUGACCACCACUGUUGCCCCAACAACAACUACCAGCACCACACCACUUCCUACCCUUUUGACUUCAGUGACAUCAACAACUAGAUUCGGCACAGUGGGGGUUUUUGUUAAACUGAUAUUCAAGGUCAAAACACCAGUCCCCACUGAGGAUGAUGUCCUUGGUGCCGUCAAGAAGCAACUGUCUCCUCAAUUCACGACCACUCAAACCACCUUCCAGAAUGCAACUUAUAUCAAACUUACAGAUACUUCAUUUGCCAUCGACCUUGGUUUCAAAAUAACCAAUGUAACCCAGGAGUCUCUAAGUAAUAGACUCACACUCACCAAUGAGACCGAGAUCCAGAUACAGGAUUCAAUUAACAGACUACUCCAUAAGGUUCUCAGUGAACCAGACGGCAAACAGUUUCAAUUUCCCAUCGCCAAAUUCAUUGAUGAUGGCACUGAAAUCACGGCAAACGUGACGUAUGUAUACAAAGAGGAAGAUGUCAACCACCCUAGUAGUUUUCUACAGGAAGUCUUAAAAGUCUCAGGUCUCCUGACCACCACUGUUGCCCCAACAACAACUACCAGCACCACACCACUUCCUACCCUUUUGACUUCAGUGACAUCAACAACUAGAUUCGGCACAGUGGGGGUUUUUGUUAAACUGAUAUUCAAGGUCAAAACACCAGUCCCCACUGAGGAUGAUGUCCUUGGUGCCGUCAAGAAGCAACUGUCUCCUCAAUUCACGACCACUCAAACCACCUUCCAGAAUGCAACUUAUAUCAAACUUACAGAUACUUCAUUUGCCAUCGACCUUGGUUUCAAAAUAACCAAUGUAACCCAGGAGUCUCUAAGUAAUAGACUCACACUCACCAAUGAGACCGAGAUCCAGAUACAGGAUUCAAUUAACAGACUACUCCAUAAGGUUCUCAGUGAACCAGACGGCAAACAGUUUCAAUUUCCCAUCGCCAAAUUCAUUGAUGAUGGCACUGAAAUCACGGCAAACGUGACGUAUGUAUACAAAGAGGAAGAUGUCAACCACCCUUGUAGUUUUCUACAGGAAGUCUUAAAAGUCUCAGGUCUCCUGACCACCACUGUUGCCCCAACAACAACUACCAGCACCACACCACUUCCUACCCUUUUGACUUCAGUGACAUCAACAACUAGAUUCGGCACAGUGGGGGUUUUUGUUAAACUGAUAUUCAAGGUCAAAACACCAGUCCCCACUGAGGAUGAUGUCCUUGGUGCCGUCAAGAAGCAACUGUCUCCUCAAUUCACGACCACUCAAACCACCUUCCAGAAUGCAACUUAUAUCAAACUUACAGAUACUUCAUUUGCCAUCGACCUUGGUUUCAAAAUAACCAAUGUAACCCAGGAGUCUCUAAGUAAUAGACUCACACUCACCAAUGAGACCGAGAUCCAGAUCCAGGAUUCAAUUAACAAACUACUCCAUAAGGUUCUCAGUGAACCAGACGGCAAACAGUUUCAAUUUCCCAUCGCCAAAUUCAUUGAUGAUGGCACUGAAAUCACGGCAAACGUGACGUAUGUAUACAAAGAGGAAGAUGUCAACCACCCUAGUAGUUUUCUACAGGAAGUCUUAAAAGUCUCAGGUCUCCUGACCACCACUGUUGCCCCAACAACAACUACCAGCACCACACCACUUCCUACCCUUUUGACUUCAGUGACAUCAACAACUAGAUUCGGCACAGUGGGGGUUUUUGUUAAACUGAUAUUCAAGGUCAAAACACCAGUCCCCACUGAGGAUGAUGUCCUUGGUGCCGUCGAGAAGCAAUUGUCUCCUCAAUUCACGACCACUCAAACCACCUUCCAGAAUGCAACUUAUAUCAAACUUACAGAUACUUCAUUUGCCAUCGACCUUGGUUUCAAAAUAACCAAUGUAACCCAGGAGUCUCUAAGUAAUAGACUCACACUCACCAAUGAGACCGAGAUCCAGAUACAGGAUUCAAUUAACAGACUACUCCAUAAGGUUCUCAGUGAACCAGAAGGCAAACAGUUUCAAUUUCCCAUCGCCAAAUUAAUUGAUGAUGGCACUGAAAUCACGGCAAACGUGACGUAUGUAUACAAAGAGGAAGAUGUCAACCACCCUAGUAGUUUUCUACAGGAAGUCUUAAAAGUCUCAGGUCUCCUGACCACCACUGUUGCCCCAACAACAACUACCAGCACCACACCACUUCCUACUCUUUUGACUUCAGUGACAUCAACAACUAGAUUCGGCACAGUGGUUGUUUUUGUUAAACUGAUAUUCAAGCUCAAAACACCAGUCCCCACUGAGGAUGAUGUCCUUGGUGCCGUCAAGAAGCAACUGUCUCGUCAAUUCAGGACCACUCAAACCACCUUCCAGAAUGCAACUUAUAUCAAACUUACAGAUACUUCAUUUGCCAUCAACCUUGGUUUCAAAAUAACCAAUGUAACCCUGGAGUCUCUAAGUAAUAGACUCACAUUCACCAACGAGACCUACAUCAAGAUACAGGAUUCAAUUAACAGUCUACUCCAUAACCUACUCAGUGAACCAGAAGGCAAACAGUUUCAAUUUCCCAACGCCGACUUCAUUGUUGAUGGCACUGAAAUCAGGGCAAAUGUGCUGUAUGUAUACAACGAGGACGAUGUCAACCACCCUAGUAGUUUUCUACAGGAAGUCUUAAAAGUCUCAGGUCUCAUGACCACCACUGUUGCCCCAACAACAACUACCAGCACCACACCACUUCCUACCCUUUUGCUGACCACUCCUUUCAAUACCACAAGUGUUGGAGGUUUUCCUGGCUGGGCUUUGGCCAUUAUCAUUCCUUGUGGCAUCGCUAUCAUUCUGGUACCCCUGUGGAUCCUGCUUUGUUGUAUGCUAUGUGGCUGCUGUGCAGCUGUAAGGAGACGCUGGCACAGACGCAGAUCUUACAAUGUACAGUACACCACCAGAAACGGACUCUUCUGAGGUGACAACACUAACAUCAGUAGGCAACUGUCAUCACAAGAAGAGCCAAUUAUUUAUCUUUAUCUGCUAAU